UGCCAUAAGCUGUCUGGAAUAACAGCGUAAACAAAUGAAAAGCUGCAGAGGCGCUAUGUUUGAAGCCGCUUGGUAAAUCCUGUCCCAUCGAAAUUACUUACCCUACUCGUAGUUUUCGCAAUCGAACGGCAAAAUGGACGAAGAUCUAGAGUUCCGCGAUAUGGUUUUGAAAAAGAUGGAAGAAAAUGGCUCGUUGCUCGAUAUCAAGGCUAAACUACGAGCAUUACUUUACGACGUGAUUGAAAAUGAGCAUGCUGCCGCUAUAGAUCAAGGGGACGAAAGUGAUCUUACUUCCAGCACGUUUGAAAAAGAAUCCACCGUCCAGCUAGAUGUGAAAACAUUAGCUUACGAACUGAUGCUGGAAGCCUUGGGUUCGUUGAAUCUUCAGUAUACGAGGAAAAUCUUGCUGGCCGAAUCGGGACAUCGAAGUUUGGGACUAGGCCCGGCACAGUUAGCACAGCAGCUGAAGCUAGACGAUUCCGUAGACACUCCGCCAGGGCAACCCGUUCUAAUUUCAUUGAUAAACAAACUGCGAAAUGAAAGCGAUGCGCUUGGCUCCGCAUCAAAUCCUAACUGCGACAGUAAGGAUUCGGCUACAGAGGACACACCAAGUAGUGCUCAACCAGAUCUGGACGAUUUUUGAUACUAUUGUUCGAGUGCGAUAGCAGCAGUUUGGUUUAUUUACUAGCAUCUGCAUUCAAACAAAAUCCCUCUAUCCUGUAUGGUGCCUUAUAUGGGGGCAAUGGUAAUAGCGACAAAACUGUUUCCGAUGGCUAAAAGUAGAUUACGAUGUAACGCUGGAACCACGACAGGUGGCUUAUGCUAAAUAGCCUUAUCCCUUGUACUGUUCCUGCUGUAGACGCUGAGUUAAUGCUCUCGAAACUACAUUCCAAGAAUCCAUAAACCUAUCCAUGCACAUGGCGAUGCAUUUCUGUAAGCAAAAAUAAUAUACGCGAUAAGAGAAUAUUGA